AUGAAUCUCAACGCUAUAGCUGAUCCGAAACAACACGAAUUCAGACAAAUAGUAUUUGCCAUUGAAAAGAGCGCUGGCAUGAGCAUAGCUGCUUCAAACCUCAACCGAAUUAUUUAUUCCGUAACGAAAAGAAUUAAGCAGGGAAGCAGUGAGAGGCAGUUCUCUUUGAUUUUGUUCGAUGAUAUAGAUAUCAAUUUUGUGACGAGUACUUAUGAUCCUGACAUAUUCGUAAAUCAGUUUUCCGAAGCGAUGCUGCAAGUGAUAAACAGUCCUCGCGCAAUAGAUUCAAGUCGUUCCGUGGAAGUUAUCUUUAAGGUCCCACAAAUUACUAUACUUUCACCAACUAUUUUAUACCUUUUCACAUCAACGGCGGCGAUGCCAUUCGACAGGUACACAAGAUCACUUCCACGAGAUCUACAGGUAAAUCUGUUUACGGUCAGCAGUAGUGGAGACUUCCCUGUCGCUGGAGACCUCAUCUACCAUCAGCGGGCUUCAGGUGGAAGAAAUUUACCUGUUACUCCGGAUAGAGUGUUGCAGGUACGUCGAGCUGCUUUCUAA